AUGUUUGUGCCACCCAAGAAUGCAGACGCAGAAUUAUGGGACGGUCCUCGCACCGGCGUACAAGGUGUCAAAGAAUUCUUUAAUGCUGACGAGGCCUAUGAUAAUUCCCGGUUUCCGGUCUUUUUGCGGGAAGCAUUGAAAGCGGAGAAUGUAUUUAUUGAUCCACCGAAAAACAUGCCUACCUUGUUGGAGGACAAGCAGAUCAUUAGCCUGAUUGAAACUGGCAAGAAGAUGAGCGCCAUCAAGCCACUCAGUACGCUUAUUCAGGAAUUACGUGUGGUGAAAAGCGACGCAGAAAUUGAUAUUAUGAAAAGAUCCGGACAUAUCAGUGCCAAGGCUUUUAUCGAGGCCAUGAAAUGGACACAACCUGGUUAUACAGAAGCUCAACUUUGGGCUAAACUGGAUUAUGAAUGCCGUAUGCGAGGAUCAUCUAUUCUUGCCUAUGUACCUGUUGUUGCGGGGGGUCCCAACGCUUUGUCCAUGCAUUAUGUUAGAAAUGACAUGAAGCUCAGAGAUGGCGAUCUCGUUCUUGUCGAUUGUGGUGGCGAGUACAAUUAUUAUGCUAGCGAUAUCACUCGAACAUGGCCCGUGAACGGCAAGUUUACUGAACCACAGCGGGAGCUGUAUCAAGCCGUUUUAAAUGUCAACAGAGCCUGCAUCGAGUUGUGUACAGUAAAACAAAAUAUUUCUCUUCAUGGCAUUCAUGCAGCCUCUGUCAAGUUGAUGAAGCAGGAACUUCAAAAAAUAGGAUUUUCUACCACUGCAUGGGAUUUGGAACGAGUGCUUUAUCCUCAUCACGUGGGUCAUUACCUCGGUUUGGAUGUUCAUGAUGUUCACAGCUUGAGCCGUUCACGUAAAUUGCGGAAAAAUAUGGUAAUCACCAUCGAACCCGGAAUCUAUGUGCCAUUCGACGACCGGUUCCCUCGCAAAUACCAAGGCAUCGGGAUUCGUAUCGAAGACAACGUCGUCAUCGGAGAUACCACGCCUUAUGUUCUUACAGCCACUGCUCCCAAAGAAAUUGUGGAUAUUGAAUAUUGCUGUGCGAAUAACUAG